AUGGAAUGUCAACUUUCAUCUGCUUAUAGGGCAUCCAGUCCCUCCUCACUUACUUUUAAGAGAAGGAACUGUGGACGCAGCAAACAUGGCCGUGGACACGUUGAUUCUGUUCACUGCUCCAACUGCGGCAAAUGUUGCCCUAAGGACAAGGCGAUUAAAAGAUGUAUUGUGAGGAACAUUGUGGAGCAGGCUGCUAUUAGGGAUGUGCAGGAAGCUUGUGCAUAUGAGGAGUACAAGUUUCCAAAGAUGUAUGCUCAGAUGCAAUAUUGUGUGUCUUGUGCCAUUCACUCCCAUGUUGUGAGGGUUCGUUCUCACGAAGAAAGGAGAAACCGGCAACCACCACAGCCACAGCGAUUGGUUAGGGUCAUGGAUGGUCUACCUCGUGCUGGUCAACCUGGGCAAGCACCUCGUCCUCCUACCACUGGUGCCAUGAAGCAAUCCUAG